AUGAACCGGCGCCGCACGGUGCGGGAUUUCAGUCCCGACCCGGUGCCGGCCGGCGUGAUCGAGGACCUGGUGCGCGCCGCCUCGACCGCGCCGUCCGGGGCGCACCGGCAGCCGUGGACGUUCGUCGCGGUCUCGGAUCCGGACGUCAAGCGCCGGAUACGCAUUGCCGCGGAGCGCGAGGAACGGGAGAACUACGAGGGACGCAUGCCCGACGAAUGGCUCCGCGCGCUCGAGCCGCUGGGCACCGACGAGAACAAGCCGUUUCUCGAGAUCGCCCCCUGGCUGGUGGUGCUCUUCCGGCAGAACUACGGCGUGGGACCGGCGGGCGAGCAUGUCCGCCACUACUACGUGUCCGAGUCGGUCGGCAUCGCUGCCGGCCUGUUCCUCACCGCCGUGCACCAGGCGGGGCUGGUGGCGCUGACGCACACACCCAGCCCGAUGGGCUUCCUCCGCGAGAUCCUGGAGCGGCCCGCCAACGAGACGGCCUGUCUCCUGAUGCCGGUAGGCUAUCCCGCCGCCGGCGCGCAGGUGCCCGACCUGUGCCGGAAACCGCUCGACGAGGUCCUGGUCCUGCGGCAGCCGUAA